AUGAACAUAAGAAGCAGCCUUAUUCUCAGACAGUGCAGCGUACUCCACUGCCUCAGCUUCUAAAUGGGUGAAUCCGGCUCUCGUCGCUCCACGCUUGUUUCCCGCCUGCCAAUCUUCCGCCGCAGCAAUAGUAAGAGGCAGGAUUCUCUCCCCUCCUCUCCCUCUUCAGGCGGAGUGGGAAAUGGUGUCCACACGUCCUCGCCCUCCAGCACUAACUCCAGUUCUGGCAGCACAGGGAAACGCCGGAGCCUUUUCCGCACCCCAUCUCUUAGUUUCACAUCUAAACGGAACAGUGAACCCCGUGUACAGCCAAUCAACCUUAACCUCACACCUCCACUGACACAGAGCACUGACGCAAAUGGAAAUAACCAGCAGUCGAUAACAUCGUCAGUGUCGACAGGGUUCAGUGAUGGCGGCGGACGGCCCAAGUCACGCCACUCGUUUGGGUUCGGCAGCCACAAGCAGAAGAAAAUCACACGUUCUCAGACCGAGGAUUUUGACAAAGGUUCCUCAUCCUCCUCCACAGCCAAUCGAAAUGUGUUUAUAAACUGCAUCAGUGGCUCAGGGGCCAAUGAGGGCGACGACUCCGGGUACCUCGAUGACUACAGCGGUGGCAGCAAUAACAAACGCUCGUCACGCCAGAAGAAGCAGCUGCUGCCCAAAUCUUUCUCCGCUCACCACCGCUUCUCCCGCACCUCCAAUCACCACAGACCUCCGGAGGUGAAUCUGGAACCUCCAAGCUCCACCGCCACCACCACCAUCACUCCGGGGGCAGAGGGGCUCACGCCAGGGUCAUGGCCAGGCGAACUGCUUGGUGCCAGUGGCGAGAGCUCACUCCAGUCCCCUAUGAUAUCCGAGGACCGAACUACAGCCAUCACCCCUUCAGAGUUUGUCCCCAUCACGGAGGAUUCUGUAUCAGAGGUGGAUGCUCUGCCAGCGCCCAGCCCCGGGUCUGCUUUAGCCCCCGGACCUGUGUCUGUGCCUGGGCCAGCUACUGACACAGCUCCACCUGACCUGCCAGCUGUUCCAGAGAGCUUCAGCAUGGCUGUCUCCACCUCCCAGGUUUUUUUCACUCCGGCUCAGUCCAGCACUGAAAAACCUUUACUCCCCGACACCAGCACAGCCAACAACACAGACUAUGAGACUGCCAUUUCCCUCUCUGAGCCCGGGACAGCUGUCCUCUGCCUUCCUCUUCCAGAACAAUCACUGGAAGAGAGGAAGGAGAGGGAGGAGGAGAGAAAGGAAGCGAGGAAAGAGGUGUCAGCAGAGGAGAGGAAGAAGAAGAAGAAGGAGGUGGUGGAGGUGGUGGAGGUGAGGAAGGCGGGGUACGUCACAGAGACCACGAGUGAGAGCGAGGCAUGCGUGGUACGCAGCGAGGGUUGCAACUCCAACCCAGAGCAAUCGGACAGGCGGGUGAGGCACACGCUUUCGGUACAAGAAAGAGGAAGCUUCUGCGGCUGCCACGAACCCAGGUCGUCUCACUUGAGGAAACCACAUACAGCCUCUAUGUGCAGCAGCGUCAGCCCCUAUCAUGAGGUGAUGCGGAUGGAACGGCGUCUGCGCUCCUCGUCUGAGGGGGCGGGUGGGCCUCGUAUCCAAGGCAACCACAGGGAUGCCCCAGGCAUGGAGGGAUGUGGUUUGCUCAAACACAGAAACAACUCGUCCUCAUCAAAGCUGGGAAGUCUGGAUGUAUUAAACAACCUGGGCUCUUCAGAGCUGGAUGAAGAUGAUCUUAUGUUAGAUCUUGACCUCUCUGAUGAUCAGCGGCAUCGACACGGUAACUCUCACUGCACAACAUCUGUAUCUCCACACAGGGGUCUUUGUGGCAAGUUUGUGGGUGAAGCAUACAACAGGCCGGAGCCCAGCCGUCCGACCAGCCUGCUGCCUGCUGACUGGAGCUUGGGGCUGGGUUUGGGGAGGGAAGACGAGUCUUUGCCCCCAGGGCUGGAAGCGCUUCCACUGCGACUGAUGCAGCAGGACUGUACGGCUGUCAAAACCUUGCUUUUAAGACUGAGAAGGACACUGCAGGAGAGCGCAGAGACGAGUCCUGCCAGCAGCCUCCAGUCUCUACCCAUCAGCCCUUGCAGUGAAAAAUCCCUUCCAUUUAAGGAUCCUGGCAGAGAGGAGGCCUUGUUGCAACAACUGAGGGAGAAAGACGAGCUGAUUCUCCGACUCCAGAGUGAACUGGAGAAUGCCAAAGCUGCCCUGAAAAUGAAAGACCGCCAAAUGACUGACCGCGUAACACAGACCGAGCACAUGGGGCCAGAGACCAAUCAUCCAGGCCGGUGGUCAGGACUAGGCAGCAGCAGCAGUCUGGCCCCAAGGGACAGAAGGGUAGUGCGGGGUGUGGGGGCAGCACUCGCAGGGGACCUCUGUAACCAGCACGUCCUCCAUCACCAUCCACCUCAGCACGGCCACCCUCCUGCCUGUGAGCGACACACUGCCAGGGAAGAGCGCCACUGCCACGGGGCACUGGCACAGUCUUCAGCCCGUAACCCAGCAUCAAAUCUGGCUACAGGCUCCUCCAACCUGUCCCUUGUUGUCUCCACUGCGUCAGCCCCAGCCUCACCUUGUACUCCAGCUCAGCUUCAAGUGUCACACCCGGGGCCCAAUCCAAAUCAAUGCCCGGGCUCUGGUUCGGCGGCCGCUAAUCUCACCGUGAUUCCAUGUCUGUCCUCCAGGCAGCCAGAGGGGGUGUCCUCCUCUUCUGAGUCAUUAACUGUGGGAGGAGGAGGAGGAGGAGGAGGAGGUAGUUUGUCAGGUGGAGUGAGGAGAGCAGGAGGAGAGCACUACCCCCCCAGCCAUAUUCCCCGCGCGGUCGGGGCCAGUGCCUCCUCGAGCCUCCACAGCCCCGCAAGCAGGGGAAGCCCCUCUCCAAGCGUUUCAUCCUCUGACCAAGCCUCCCCUCCGCCCCCCACACCUUCCUCCGCCUCCUCUUCUUCCUCCUCAUCCACCAUAUUUACAGGUCGUUUAGGACAACCACCCCGAGGUCCUCUGUCCCUGCAUAGCUACAGUCGUAAAAAUGUCUUCCUCCAGCAUUCCCUGCAUACUGCCGAAUUGCAAGCUCUGACACAGCGAGACAGUUGAGAGCGCGCGAACAUCAACCCCCCCCCCACCCACCCACACACACACACACACAAUCAUAAGCCGCCAUAUUACUGACUCAAGUGACAAAAUAUGUGACUUUAUAAAAACACAGCUGCUGCUCCGAAACAAGUUUUCUGAAUUUCACUGUCUCUGUUUCUGCGACACAUGAACAGCACAUACUUAGAGUCCCACUUGUUUCUCUUCACCGUGCUCACCAACCCUUCGCUGACAUUUCGUUCGUAGGUUUGCUCGCUUAAACACACGAUCAUUCACAGGUGCACACAGGCUGCAAGUAUGAAAAAGGCACUCACCCGUCUAUCAGAACUCCCACGUUGUGUCAUGCUGACAAUUUAGAUGUGCUUACGCCCACAGACACACAAAGUGCAGCACAGAGACUCACAAACCUUCCACAGAGACACACACUUACAUUCUCAGGCAGAGACAUCAUCCACUGAUGUCUCUGCUUCACAAUCUGUACAAAUAACAGGGUUUUCCACCAGGACAAAGACGUGAGGUUUCUAUUUGUUUGUGCUUUGUUGA